AAAAAAAAAAAAAAAGAGGCAAAUCACAUUGCUUCUGAGCAAAAAGACGAGCAAAUAUAAGAACUAGUUUUGAACAACUUGUCAGUAGUGUACCAACAUCGGAAAACAUAUAUCGAAGUGAAGCAUUAAUUUUGCAGAAAUGUGUGCAUGUGUGAGUCCAUUGAUACCCUAUUGAUGAAUUGAGAUUAGCUGUGAAUCAUAUUCAUGAUUUAGUGAAUAACAAGAAGCAAUUAAAAGGACAAUUACGAGCAUUACAAUUGACACUGUGUGAAGAGUAAGCACAAUUCAGUUCUCAUUCAAUACUAACAUGUUGGCUAGGCCUGAUGGUGACGUAAGGCAGAAAGCAGUAUGGCAUUAUUUUCUUAGAGUUCGGAAGAGAAAACAAGCCAUUCCUAUGGAUAAAACAGUCUUCCUUGACAAAUACUUUCUUUUUCUUUUACCAUGCACUGCAAUUGUGAACAAUAUGUCCCUUUUUUUUGUGAGUAACGUUGGAUUUGGCAAUGAGGGACUGUGAUACAAAAUAUCCAACCGCUUGGUACAUUGCUUCAAAAAGUUUUGCUAACCAUAAAGAGUAAUUAUAAUGGCAUUUGCGCAAAUAAAUAUACUUUUGAGCUCUCGUAUAUUUUUCUCUUUCUUUUUCUGUACUUGUGAAAUGAUCAUUGUUAGUACGUUGUAUCAAAUAAAUAAUAAAGUUUUAUGGUACAACCUUUCCUACCCUCCUUCUUUCUUUGCAAUUUACACAACAUGGCUGGAUC